UGAUCGGCUACAACGUAACAGCAAGGCCACAUGCUCGAUCAGCCAGCUACAACGUGCUAACAACCGACGCCAAACAGGCAAGAUUCAGCUUCCCCUAUCCGUUUCCUGAGAUUUCAGCCCGAACCUGGACGCUGCGACUUGUACGCAAGUUCUCCGCUCGCUCCUACUCGCAGCACUGCAGGCUUCAUUCCAGAGGUGUUGGCGCCAUGAACCUCACUGGUAUCAAGAUCCAAGAGAUGGUGAGGAAUACGAGGGAGAGACUGGAGGCCGAUUUCUCCAAGCUUGGAACCAAGAUCCACAGGUUCCCACGAGGCUUACGAGGGGUCAACGAGCGCUACAUCGUCCCGAGCUUCGUGUCCCUCGGCCCGUACCAUCAUGGCUCACCGCACCUGCGGGAGACAGAGGAGUUGAAGCACGCGGCAGCCCACUACUUGUGCGAGAAGUCAGGCCGCUCCGUUGAGGAAGUCUAUGACAAGAUCCUCUCCAUCGGCACUGAAGCCCGCAGCUGCUACGCCGAUGGUGCAGUGGCGAAGUUCACGGACGCUGAAUUUGCGGUAAUGAUGUUCCUCGAUGGUUGCUAUCUGCUGCUCUAUAUUACUAACGAUCCUGGAUGUGCUUUACUGUUAAAUCGGAUGACCAUGUCCACAGGGCCUUGCAUGGCAAGGGACAUCUUUCUGCUGGAGAAUCAACUCCCUUGGAUGGUCCUCGAGGCUCUUUUGGAGAUUGUGACACCGUCUCCAGUGUGCAAUUUUAUUGUUCGUUCGGCAAUAUAUUUCGAUAUCAUCCCACGUCCAUCAAAUACAAGGGUUUCUAUGGAUGAACUCGAGAGGUACAGGCCGCCACAUCUCCUUGGUCUCCUCCGAUACUAUCAGAUCGGCAAUAUGAUUGCCGAAGAACGUACCAGCAAUGUCCAAUUCACCUCAUCUGGUAGUAGUGCCAUUGAGCUCGCAGAAAUCGGCAUCAAGCUAACUGCCAGCAACAAAACAUAGUUCGCUGACAUGAGCAUCCAUAGUGGCUGCAUCUUCAGCCAGCUCUCCCUGACGCCAUUAUUCAUAAAUGACUUCACUGCUUGCUGGCUCGUCAACUUGGCAGCUUACGAGGCGUGUGUGUCCACCGGAUGGCCAUCCGAUGGCUUCGUCAUCAGCUCCUACAUCUCCCUCCUGGCGAUGCUCAUGGACAAGGAAGAGGACGUACACGAGCUGCGAGCGAAGCACCUCCUUCGCAGCUUCAUCAGCGACCAUGAUAUGCUCGUUUUCUUCAAGGGCCUGGCUCGCGACCUGCGCCUUGGCAGUCGCUACUACGUCAUCCCGGCAAAGAUCGACAAGUUCAAACGUGAAAGGCCCGUGAGGGUCGCCGUACAUAAGUUCGUCUACAACAACUUCAAGACGAUUGUCACCGUGCUCUCUAUUGUUGGUGUGCUCGCGGGUAUCUUCAGAACCUUGAUGAGUCUCAAGCAGCAUCAGCCGUAGCAACUCGGAUGAAGCAUGUGUGUUUGCUAAACUGAUUUCUGAUUCAUCUUCAGUUUUCAUGCUUAUUGUGGUGUGUCUUUGUGUGUAAAAUUUGC